AUGGCACCGAGUCUCCCAACCCGCCAAUUGGGCAAGGAUGGGCCCCAAGUAACCGCCCUAGGCUUUGGUCUGAUGGGUUUGUCCAUAUUCUAUGGGAAAAAGCUUCCAGAUGACCAGAGAUUGAAGUUUUUGGACCACGUAUUCGAGUCAGGAGAGGCGUUUUGGGAUUCCUCGGAUGUGUAUGGAGAUAGUGAGGAUCUGCUCGGCCAGUGGUUCAAGAAGACGGGCAACAGGAGCAAGAUCUUCUUGUGCACCAAAUUUGCCAACGUUCGCCAACCCGAUGGAACAUCAAAAGUCAUCAACGACCCUGCGUAUAUUCGCGAGGCGUGCGCCAAAUCUCACAAACGGCUCGGACUAGAGCCUGGCGACGCUAUUGACUUGUACUAUUGCCAUCGUAUCGACCGGGAACAACCCAUCGAGAUCACAGUGCAGACAAUGGCCGAGUUGAAAAAGGAAGGCAAAAUUCGCUAUCUUGGACUGAGCGAGUGCUCUGCCGAGACGCUCCGACGAGCUUGCAAGGUCCAUCACAUUGCCGCCGUUCAAGUCGAAUAUUCGCCAUUUGCCAUGGAAAUUGAGCACAACGACCUCUUGAAAACAUGUCGAGAAUUGGGGGUGGCGGUCGUCGCUUAUUCGCCCUUUAGUCGAGGCUUUCUAACCGGCACGAUCAAGUCGCACGACGAUUUCGACCCAGAUGACCGACGUCGCGUCAUGCCCCGGUACUCAAAGGAGAACUUCCACAAGAACAUGGAGCUUGUGAAUGCCAUUGCCAGCAUCGCCGAGAAGAAGAACGUAACCCCAGGUCAACUGACGCUGGCCUGGUUAAUGGCUCAGGGUGAAGACAUCAUCCCCAUCCCUGGCACCACCAAAGCGAAGAACUUUGACGAGAAUAUGGCCAGCUUACAGAUCAAGUUGACGGCGGAAGAAGAGAAAGAGAUCAGACAAAAGGUCGAAGCCGCUGAGAUCACUGGGGAGCGGUAUCCUGCCGGCAUGCUGAAACAUCUUUACGCCGACACUGUUCCUCUCAAGUAG